GGGCUCAUGGGGCGAGCCGCCGGCGAGGCGGGCACGGUGCCCGCGCCCGGGGCGGGAAGCAGGAAGUCGUCCCCGGCGGGUGCGGCCCUAGGUGCCGCGCUGCAGGUGCGGCGCUGCAGGUGCGGCGCGGGGUGGCACCCAGGGCACUGGAGGAGGGCCCCGCUGAAACGGUCCAGGAUCCUGCACAUGGCGCUGACUGGAGCCUCCGACCCCUCUGGAGAGGCAGAGGCCAGCGGGGAGAAGCCCUUCCUGCUGCGGGCAUUGCAGAUCGCGCUGGUGGUCUCUCUCUACUGGGUCACCUCCAUCUCCAUGGUGUUCCUUAACAAGUACCUGCUGGACAGCCCCUCGCUGCAGCUGGACACCCCCAUCUUCGUCACCUUCUACCAGUGCCUGGUGACCACGCUGCUGUGCAAGGGUCUCAGUGCACUGGCCGCCUGCUGCCCUGGUGCCGUGGACUUCCCCAGCCUGCGCCUGGACCUCAGGGUGGCCCGCAGCGUCCUGCCCCUGUCAGUGGUCUUCAUCGGCAUGAUCACCUUCAACAACCUCUGCCUCAAGUACGUUGGCGUGGCCUUCUACAACGUGGGCCGCUCGCUCACCACCGUCUUCAACGUGCUGCUCUCCUACCUGCUGCUCAAGCAGACCACCUCCUUCUACGCCCUGCUCACCUGCGGCAUCAUCAUUGGGGGCUUCUGGCUUGGUGUGGACCAGGAGGGCGCAGAGGGGACCCUGUCUCUGCUGGGCACCGUCUUCGGCGUGCUGGCCAGCCUGUGUGUCUCACUCAAUGCCAUCUACACCAAGAAGGUGCUCCCGGCGGUGGACGGCAGCAUCUGGCGCCUGACCUUCUACAACAACCUCAAUGCCUGCAUCCUCUUCCUGCCCCUCCUCCUGCUGCUGGGGGAGCUUCGGGCGCUGCAGAACUUCGCCCACCUGGGCAGCGCCCACUUCUGGGGAAUGAUGACGCUUGGUGGCCUGUUUGGCUUUGCCAUCGGCUAUGUGACAGGACUGCAGAUCAAGUUCACCAGUCCUCUGACCCACAACGUGUCGGGCACGGCCAAGGCCUGUGCCCAGACGGUGCUGGCCGUCCUCUACUACGAGGAGACCAAGAGCUUCUUCUGGUGGAUGAGUAACAUGAUGGUGCUAGGCGGCUCCUCCGCCUAUACCUGGGUCCGGGGCUGGGAGAUGAAGAAGACCCAGGAGGAGCCCAGCCCCAAGGAGGACGAGAAGAGCAGCCUGGGGGUGUGAGAGCCUCCGGGGACCCAAGGGAGAAUACUCAGGAGGGGCCGAGACAGCAGUGACGGCUGUCUUCAUGGACCCAGGAAGGGUAGUGUGGUAUGGAGUGGGUGUUACUGACAGACCUGAUUGGAAUAUGGUGCUUGAGGCCGGGCGCGGUGGCGCACGCCUGAAAUCCCAGCACUUUGGGAGGCUGAGGUGGGGAGCAUCAUUU